AUGCGGCUCAACCUCAUGUGCCACUUGCACAACCUUAUACGGUACCAUAAUCUGAUAAGUUGCCAAAUUUCUAUUUUCUUGGAUUGUAACUUGGCUUGUCAUCAUCACUAUCAUCCGAAUUAUUACUAUUAUUUUUAAAUUAUGUGUCACCUAGAUUAUUAUUAUUUGGGUUAUUUUAAUUUUCCCUCACACUUUUGGGUUUUUGCUUCUUUUUAGGACAUAAUAAAUCUCUAACUAUCCUCCUAUUUUCUUUUUUAAUAUAAUAAAUAUCCUAUUCUGAAUAUUUUACUCCUUUGUUUAUUGAAAAAAGGGAGUCAAUCAAGAGCAUGA